AUGGCGAAAAGUGAGGAUACAUUACAAGAGAAAGGUGGAGUUUAUGGUUGUGUCAAGGACAUUUUGUGUCAACCAUGUUUAAAUAAGGAUAAACAAACUGUAGCUGAUAAGUUUUGUUUAACUUGCAACGAAUUUCAGUGUACUGACUGUUCAGAUGUACACGAUGUACUUCCUUUCCUCAAACCUCACAAAUUAGUGAGUUCAAAUGAAGCGGUAACAAAACAAAACUCGUUUGAUAUGAAAGGAUUAGACCGAUGUAAUCAACACAAAAAGAUUAUAAAAUUCUUCUGUGAAGAUGAAAAUCAGCUCUGUUGCAGUACUUGCGCUAUAGUUGGUCAUCGUAAAUGUGACAGCGUUGUAGAAAUUCAGAAGCUUGCUGGAAAACUGAUGUCUCCAAAUUCACCGGUAAAAGAAAAAUUGUUGGCCACAAAAGAAAUUGCCGAGGGCAUAAUUAAACAAGUCUUGUCUUCAAAUGAGAAAUUAGAUGCAGACGUGAAUAAAAUUCCAGAAACAAUUAAUCAAGUGCGAGAUAAAGUAUUUCAAAUGUUUGACGAUUUGGAAGUUUCCAUCGUUAAAAAAGUGAAAUCUUUUCAGGAAGAAACACAAACAAAAAUUACAAUAAAUCAAUCACAAACAGAAAAUUAUUUAUCUGAUGUCACAAUGCGAUUGGAAACAAUUGAUAGCGUUUACAGAAAUGGAAGUCCGGCGCAACAAUUUAUUGUAGAAAAGAAAAUGGAAAAUGAUGCCACUACCCUAAACAGAAACGUGAAUAAGGUAUUUGAAAACUUAGAGACCUUCAGCGUUUCCUUUCUUUUUGACGAAACAUUAAAGUUGCCGCCAUUUCCUGUUAAUGAAUACGUUCCGGGACAACUUGCAUUUCAACAUCAUUAUGUUAAUAGGCCGAUGAAAUUAACUCCUGUUUCUUCUAUUGAUUUGAAGAAGACUGGAGAUGAUACAAAUGAACCGCAUGUUACAGGAAUAGACUUUCUAUCCGAUGGUAGACUGGUAGCUGUUGAUAAUGAAAACAAAAUAUGUUUAAUUUACAAUGAAAAGCUUGAGAAAGUAGGAUCAUAUGAGUUAUUUUACUCACCAAAAUCUGUUGUUGCUGUAUCUGAGGAAGAAGUAGCGAUAACAAGUGGCAGCGAAUAUAUGGUACAUUUUUUGCAUAUAAGUAAAUAUAAUAAAAUUACAUCAGACAGAACUUGCAAAGUGAAAACUUUAUAUGAUUCUAUAAGUCUAAAGAAUGAUAAUCAAUUUGUCGUGGGGACUAUAUAUGACAAAAGACCUGCACGCAUUGUGACAUUGACAGGAAAUGAGAAUGAUUUCAGUGUUAACUUUCCAAAUAAGGCAUAUUAUGGAUAUGACAGUGGUUGUACAUACAUCAAUAAUAGCGACACACUUGUGCUAACAGACAGACACGAACAUUAUGUCUACAUAUAUGGUAUCAAGACAGACACGAAAGUCGUGGUGAAGGAUGAUCAGAUACAGGAACCUUGUGGUGUAGCAGUUGGUCCCUCUGAUACUAUCAUUGUUUGUAGUUUAGACAAAAAUUCUAUUGUACAGAUAUCCCAGACUGGUCACAUCUUGUCAUCACACAAGAUAGAUAUUGAAUGUCCGUAUAGAGCAUGUGUCUCACGUGAUAAAUCAUUUCUUGUUGUUACAAAUGAUUGUUAUAGGAAAAGGUAA